AUGUGGACUGUUAGCUUAUUUGUUUCAACAAUAUUAAAGCAGCACGGCUGCGAAGAACCUCGAAAAUAUCCUCAUAAAGACCCUCUAUUAGGACUGGACUAUUGGCGAGCACAGAGAGAGGCGGCACAAAAGAGCCAAUGGCUACCAACCUCGAAACGUCUUUUCGCAAAAUAUGGAAAGACCUACGAAGUCAACAAUUUAGGUCAGCGUAUGAUCCACACAAUGGAGCCGCAGAAUAUCCAAAGUGUCUGGGCAACAAAUUUCAACAGUUGGGGCCUUCAACCUCUGCGUGAAGGAAUCGCAGUUCCGUUCUUCAAUCAUGGCAUCAACACCACGGACGGGGAUUUCUGGCGACAUAGUCGUGCCCUAGUUCGACCAACGUUUGCUCGUAUAGAAGUCGCGAACCUAGGUUUCCUCGAGAAGCACGUGGAUCGGUUAUUCGAUCAAUUACCUAUAGAUGGAUCGACAACGGAUCUUCAGCCCUUGUUCUCGUGCUUGUUUCUUGAUUCUAGCACUGAUUUUCUUUUCGGGGAGUCAAUGAAUUUGCUUCUACCCGAUCAGCGCCAAGAAUGCAUGAGCUUCAUCAAGGCAUUCGACUACUGUCUCUAUGGUCUUGGACAUCGUGUUAGACUGGGCUCACUACGAUUCUUGCAUCGGGAUAAGAGAUGGCUCGCUUCAAUUCAGGUAGUUCAUGAACAGGUUGAUCAAUACAUUGAGAAAGCCAUUAGGUCUAUUCGGGACACCAAUGGUUCUGAUGAGCUAGCCAAGAAGGCAGACCGAUAUGUUCUUCUGAACGAAAUGGCUAAGCAGACCCAAGAUAAGUUAGAUCUGAGAUCGCAAAUCCUAACCGUUUUCAUGCCCGGUCGUGACUCAACUGCACAUGCUCUCAGCAAUGUUUUCCAUGUUCUGGCUCGAAGACCUGAGGUGUAUAAGAAGCUGCGAGAAGAAGUGCUGCUACAUGGGGAUGCUAAGCUCACAUUUGAAACUCUGAGGUCUAUGAAGUACCUGCAAUGGGUCUUGAAUGAAGGCGGGAAAGACGGCAAAUCGCCAAUAUAUGUUCGAAAAGGAGACACCGUCAUGGCUAGUAUGUGGGGUCUGCACCAAGACAGAGACAUAUGGGGUGAGGACGCCGCUGAAUUCAACCCUGAAAGGUGGCAUGAAAUGAAACCGAUCUGGACAUUCGUACCAUUCCUUGGCGGUCCGCGUACCUGUCCUGCACAGCAGUUGGUGCUGACGCAGAAUGCUUAUGUUCUUGCUCGAUUUGUGAGGGAGUUUGAACGGAUCGAAAGUAUAGAUCCAAAUCCGUGGACUAAGGCGCGGAGAAUAGGAUUUCAAAGCAAGUUCGGGGUGAAGGUGAAACUUGUCAGAGCUGUCUCCCACAACUAG